CCACCACUGCCGAGCCAACCGACCCUCAAAAUAUCCUCCAUAAACAUGCAUCGAGCAGCCUCUGAAUACUCUCCCCCUCCCUAAACAGAUUCACCGUCAACGAUCAUGCCUCGCACCCUCCGCAUCGCCGCCGCCCAAAUGGGUGCAACAAACCGCACCGACACCCGCCCCCACACCCUCUCCCGCAUGAUCUCCCUCCUCGAUCACGCCGCCUCCCUCGGCACCCAACUCAUCGUGUACCCCGAACUGGCAUUCACCACCUUCUUCCCCCGCUACCUCAUCCACGACCCCACCGAACUCGAAUCAUGGUACGAGCGCGGGGAUAUCACGAAGAAUGAGGAGACGAAGGCGUUGUUCGACAGAGCGAGGGAGGUUGGUGUCGAUGUUUGCGUUGGGUUUGGUGAGAGUGAAGAGGGGCCAGGAGGGAAGCAUUUCAACACUUGUGUUUAUUAUUGUGCGAAGACCGGGUCCAUUCUCGCGAAGUAUCGGAAGAUCCACCUUCCGGGGACGGUUGAACCCUUUGAUGAUCCCAAGGCGAUCAACCAACUCGAAAAACGGUACUUCCUCCCCGGCGACCUCGGUUUCGAGGCCUUCCGCGCUCCAUCUCUCCUCACCGAGGAAGAAGCAGCUCCCAUUAUGGGCAUGCUAAUCUGCAACGACCGCCGCUGGUCAGAAUCUUGGCGCGUCCUCGGGCUUCAAGGUGUCGAAGUUGUGUUGUGCGGGUACAACACUCCCUCCUACGCUCCCCACCUCUGGGGCCGCUUCGAUCUCUCACCUACCGAAUCCGCCUCGUUGGCACUCUUCCAGCAUAAACUCAGCAUGCAAGCGCACUCCUACACGAACGCCUGUUAUUCCGUCAGUGCCGCACGCGCGGGCUUGGAUGAUGGGGAGUUUCAUUUGAUUGGGGGUUCGUGUGUCGUUGAUCCCGAGGGGAGGAUCGUUGCUGAGGCGAAAGGGGAGGGUGAUGAGGUUGUGUUUGCGGAGGUGGAUUUGGGGGUGUGUAAGCAAGGGAAGACUACUACGUUUGAUUUUGCGAGACAUAGGAGGGUUGAACACUAUGGACGGAUUCUGGGGCAGACGGGGGUUGUCGAACCUCCUCUCGUGUGAACCCCUCGUCCUCGUCCUCCUCGACCUUAUAUGGUUGUACUUUUCGCAGUCAGUGUCCACGGCAGAAAAAGAUUAUUAUCAUAGCAUCCUCUAAUAUCGUCUCCUCAUCGUAACAAAAGCAC